UAAUGUAUACUGCCGCUUCCAUUCACCAAAUCGUCUUCACUAUGUUAAUUAUUUGUUUUUUACUUGGAUAACAUAAUGAAGCACCAAUCUUUAAAAGCAUGGAUAUUUUUAAUGUGAAGCAGCCUGCAUUUGACGACUUUUCUAGAUCUAAAAGCUGCAUGAAACUUUUAUUUUGUAGGUUCAAAAGCACCGUUUAUUGUUAUUUCCUAUUUCUAACUGUGCGUUGUGUGGGAGUUUCCUGUGAAAUUAUAAAUGUCGUUAAAAAGAAGACGGGGGCAGUUUGAGCGUAUAUGCUAAGACCUGUGCUUGUUGUUGAGUGCUGUGCCAAAACAGACAUAUCAGAAUGAAACCUGUAAUUUGAUAGUCGGACACCACAUGCAUAGCACCGGAGUCUAAAUUAACAUACUUGACAUAUCGUGUGAAAACGGUCUAGAUUUUUCCACGUCGCCAUCACUCCAAGGCUUGAAAUCAAAUGAGUCUUCAACCCAUGAAAACACGAUACCUCCAGAAUCCCAGACAAACCGGAAUGUCGAGGAUGAUUUUAUUAUAUCAUUUUCUUGUAUGCUAAGGCAGGCCACGUAUACAUAAGUACGCAUGCACACACUGGGCAGAUAUCUACGCAAAUAUAUACAGUACCUUAUAUGUCCGCUACAAUAUGUCUGUCUUAUCUGUAUUUCACUGUUGUGCCAUGAGAGCGAGCGGGCAUUUGCACAAAGGGAGUGAGUUUGAACUUCAGUCCUUUUGUCAGCCGCUUCGCUCUGCGCUGCUACGCGCCGAAGCACUGCCUCCUUCUGUAGCUAAGGAAGCUCUUCGGUCCUCCUCCUGUUACCUGGGCUGGGGAGCCAAUAACGUCACAGGCGGGCUGAAGUCAUCGCCACAUCAGCUCAUCUAACCUCAAUGAAUGUGAACCGACCGAACCAAAGAAAAACAGGGAUCGGGAAAAAGAAUUGGCGCUGCGCGAAUGCGACACACAAAUGAAUCCUAGCUGGUUCUAAGUCGUAUUUGGUGCAAAGGAUACGGUCUUGAGAAAUAACAGUAACAUUACUGUUAAUACCAAUUUAGCUACUGGAAGAUGUUACAAUCCCUCACAAGUAACUCAUGUGUGCGUCUCAUACAGAGUAAUAAAUCGACGUGGUAUUUCUUGUUUCUGAUCCUGGGCUACGUGCUGUAUUUGAUUUUCGGGGCGGUGGUAUUCUCCUCGGUCGAGCUGCCUUAUGAGGACGAGCUCCGGCAAGAUCUCCGCAAUGUGAAGCGGAAGUUUCUGCAGGAGAACGAGUGCCUGUCGGAGGACCGGCUGGAGGAGUUCCUCGCCAAGGCGCUGGAGGCCAGCAAUUAUGGGGUCUCCAUGCUGAACAACGCCACCGCCAACUGGAACUGGGACUUCACAUCAGCUCUGUUCUUCGCGAGCACAGUUCUGUCUACCACAGGCUACGGCCACACGGUGCCCCUCUCAGACGGGGGCAAGGCAUUCUGCAUCAUCUAUUCAGUGAUCGGGAUCCCCUUCACCCUCCUCUUCCUGACAGCAGUGGUGCAGCGCAUCAUGGUGUUCAGCACCCGCCGUCCCGUGACCUACAUCCACACCCACUGGGGCCUCUCCAAGCCAUUGGUGGGGAUGAUCCAUGCCAUUUUCCUGGCCUUCAUCACAGCGUCCUGCUUCUUCAUCAUUCCUGCUGUGGUCUUCUCUGCCCUGGAGGAGAACUGGAACUUCCUGGAGUCCUUCUACUUCUGCUUCAUCUCCCUCAGCACCAUUGGUCUGGGGGAUUAUGUACCGGGAGAGGGCUACAACCAGAAGUUCAGAGAGCUGUACAAACUGGGCAUCACCGUGUACCUCCUGUUGGGCCUGAUUGCCAUGCUGGUGGUGCUGGAGACUUUCUGCGAGCUGCAGCAGCUGAAACAGUUUAGGAAGAUGUUCUACUUGAAGAGGGAGAAGCCAGAAGACCGUGUGACCAUCCUAGACCACGACCACUUGUCUUUCUCCUCUGUAUCUGACCAGGCUGCCACCCUCAGGGAAGAGAAAAUCACUGAACCCUUUGUGGAUGUGCAGCCCGUGCUUUACACUGCUACAGAUGGCUCCAUCAACAGAUAGGGUUCUGUAUAGGUUACUCUGUAGUGGAAUGUUGUGGAGAUAUAGAAUCAUAGCUGGACCAUAGCCCACAUAAGACCAGAAUAGCUUUUUUUUCAGAACAUAUACAGUAUAUUGUGAAAAAUGUAUUUCAGAGGUUUUACAGGCUUGCUGUAUUUGUUGAGUGGUGUGCUUAAGGAAAGCAAAAUUAAUUUAAGACAACAAUGUUAAUUUUAACUGACAGCAUGCUAUCAACAAGUGAAUUUAGAUGUCUAUGUUUAAAAAGGCAUACUUACUUAACUGCUGAUAUUUGGAAAGUGAGUUUAGUGUAUUAAGCAUAAGUCAAAUAAUGUCAAUAGUUCUAUCUCAUGAUUUCACUGGCUGUUGUUGCACUAAGGUAUACAGUAGGUUUGAACAAGUCUACCGUUUGUAUUACUUUAAGGUUGUGCUUUAAAGUUUAAAGGGCUUUGAAGGAUGAUGGAGUUAAAAAUAAUAAUGGUAUAACUGUUCACCUAAUGUGAGAAAAAUAUUAACAUUCAGCACAUUGUCUUUAAAUCCAUAAUGUACUUGAAAUUGUAGAUUCAGGGAAAGUGUUGAGGAUGAUUUAAAGGUGAAUGAUUUGUGGAUUUACACAUAUAAAUGCAUUCCUUGUUUCUGUCUAGAAUACAAAGCAGCAAAUUCCUGCUUUACAAGCUGCAAUUAUUCUAAACAUGGUGGAAGGUACUGUAAUUAGUAUUAUUGUUAUCUUAACAUGUCUGUGGUUUUCUGUCAUAGAUGUGUAGAAAGAAGUGAAAAGAAAUGUUAUUUUAAACAGUCUUUUACAAGUGGGUAUGGGGGCUGGUCCCUGAUAUUGUAUUACAAAAGUCUUGCCAACUGUACAUUUGUACAUUGUAUAGAGUUGCAGGUACAAAAGAGAGAAAAAUGUUUUAUAAGCAGCACAAAAAUGUAUUGAAAGGAGCUGUCAACAGUGUGACCUGAAGAGUUACAUACUACCAAUAUAAAGGAAUAAAAAUGUUUUAUUGUGAGAUUUCCUAGUGACAUUAGUUUACUGUAUAUUAUUGAAUAGUCCGUUCUCUGAUAUUUGCACUGUACUUCUGUGUCUCUACUGGGUCAUGUGUGGUACAUCAGACCGACCCAUUGUCUUAGGAAAGGAACUCAAGCACAAUGCAUUUAUGCACUCAAAUAGCUGCUUCAGGAUUAAAUCAUACAUAGUGCAUGCGCUGAUAUUCGAUUGGUAAAUUCAGAGUAUCUGUGUAAAACAGAGUUUUUUCUUCUUAUUUAAAACUGUAAAUUGUGAACCUGGAGUAUAAUAAAGUGUUUAUUAAGUUCAAUUUCCUGUUACGUUGUUGUUAAGAGACCAGCACAUUCUGCAGUAUGAAUGUCCCUCUUCUUUGAGGUUGAAGAUGAACUUUCUGUCAAGAAGGGGCAGUCGAUUUGCCUGUUAACAGUUUUUCUUUUUGUCUGCCGGGGCUGUAGAACUGCCCUGAUGCACAGAAUAAUAGACACCAACAGACCGUAAGAACAUUAGAAAUGUUCAAAAUGAGACCAGGAUGUUCUGUCUGUCUAGUUUGUCUGGUUGCUAUUAACCAAGUAGUCCAAGGAUCUGAUCCAAGUCCAUCAUCAACAAUUUCAUUAAGCCAACUCAAGAUAAUUGACAUGAUGUUAAAUGUAAAUUAAAUGAUGCUUGUAAAAAUAUUGGAUUGUUUAUUAAGGUAGAAUUUAACAUGUCUACAUGUCCUUAAAAUGGGAGUCUGACACAUUUGUUAUAUGAUUAGUUAUUUUCAUUUGUGCAAUAAGUUCAGUGGUACAGUAUUAAAUCUUUAUUACUUUGACUUCUUUUAAAUGUAUGAAUUAUUUUCAUAAGGUGUAUGGUUAAGUCCUUAUGGAUUUCCUUUGUCAUCAAUGAAAUCUUUAAGUAUAUUCAUCACAAAACUUACACAAUAAUUCUGUAAUUUUAGUUUGUUUUUAUCAAAGGCUCCACCUUAUGAGACUGAUUUUAUCUAGCAAUUACAUUAAAAACAUUACAAAUUAAAAUUACUUUAAGUGUAAUUGUCAAGUGUCACAAUGCAUAUAUUUGCUUUGAUGAUCAGUUUCUUUCAAAUUAUUGUCAAUAGCAGGGCUGUAUGUAGCUGUGCCUGAAAAGGAGGUUUGGAAUAAUAUCCUUAAUAUUCCAUCUGCCACACUCCUGAUGGCACAGUCUACUUUGAUCCUGCACGUGUUUUUUUAUAUAUUAUUUCCUAAUAAGUAUAAAGAUGGAUGUACAAAAAUCAGUAUGCAAUUAUUACCCAAGCAGACAAUUUUGCUUGAACAAGACCUGGCUGUAAGAUGCUCUCUUGGUUGCAGGAAGGGUGUGCAUUUUACACGCAGAGAACUAGAGCUGAAUCUUUUAAGUGUUAAGCUGAUAAGUUAUUGAUAAACAGUGCUGUAGUAAAACAGAUCUGAUGCAAGGGGUUAUUCCUGGUGUGGGUGGACACUGGGUGAAGGACUAGUUUCUACCAGGCUCAAGGCUACUCCAAAUCCAGCAGGCUCCUCCCAAAACUGAUGGCUUUUUUUUGCUUAAGCUUUAACAUAUUUCAGGUUAUUUUGUUCACUUACACCAGAGGUGCCCAAUCCUGAGGCCCACAUUCCUGCUGUUUUUCAUUCCUACUCAGCCUAAUUACCAAACCUUAAUUAACUGAAGUCUUAAGGGUGCUUGGUUGGGAUAUUUAUUCUUUAACCUACUCAAAUGUCUGGGACUUUAUUUAGUUCAAAUGAAUUCUCUUCUAAUGUCAAUUAAGGGUUAAAUCAUGUAACCAAGAGUGUUUAGACCUACGGGACCAGGAUUGGGAACCAUUGAGUUAACUACUAUGCGCAUCAGUGUGCCGGAAUAGGUCCACUAAAGUUGCCGUCAAAGAUAAUACUUUGACAAACCUAGCAAUGAAAGAAUGUGGAUAGAGUGACUUCUCCUUCACUGCUCAUCAAGAGAGAUAGGCAUCUAUACACUCUUGGUUUUCAGGUCCUCCUGAAACCUAUUAAACAGGUUAAUAAUAAUACGGUACACUAUAUACAGUAAUGUAUCUUUUGUCAGAUUUAAUGCUUAUGUUGUCUGUGACAUUCCACAGCUUAUUCAUUGACUGAGUUCAUUUAUUGUUUUAUUUGCUUAUAUAGAAUGCAUGGCAAACCUUGUAAGACAGUAUAGAUCCUUUGUGAUUAUUGUACUGUGUGUAAUGUUUGCACAUUCUUGAUUGAGAUUAAAAAGCUCAAGGUCUUUCAAAGUUA